AUGCGGCGCCCGCGGCGGCCUGGGGGCCCCGGGGGAUCCGGGGGUCUUCGGCUGCUCCUCGGCCUCCUGCUGCUGAGCAGCCGCCCGGGGGGCUGCAGCGCCAUUAGUGCCCACGGCUGUCUGUUUGACCACAGACUCUGCUCUCACCUCGAAGUCUGUAUUCAGGAUGGCUUGUUUGGACAGUGCCAGGUGGGAGUGGGGCAGGCCCGGCCCCUUUUGCAAGUCACCUCCCCAGUUCUCCAACGCUUACAAGGUGUUCUCCGACAACUCAUGUCCCAAGGAUUGUCCUGGCACGAUGACCUCACCCAGUAUGUGAUCUCCCAGGAGAUGGAGCGCAUCCCCAGGCUCCGCCCCCCAGAUCCCCGUCCAAGGGACAGAUCUGGCUUGCUGCCCAGGAGACCAAGUCCCACUGGGGAGCUGCUUUUACAGGGCAUCCCCACUGGUUCCACCCCUGCUGCCCAGCACCGGCUUCCUCGACCUCCAGUAGGUGGGGGUGGAGCUGGGGCAGGCUCCCCCCUGUCCUCUCUGCAAGCUGAGCUGCUGCCCUCUCUCUUGGAGCAUCUGCUACUGCCCCCACAGCCUCCCCACCCUGCCCUGAGUUAUGAACCUGCCUUACUGCAGCCCUACCUGUUCCACCAGUUUGGCUCUCGUGAUGGCUCCCAGGGCUCAGAGAGCUCCCCAGGGAUGGUCAGCGUUGUCCCCCUGACCAAGGUUGAAGCCCCUGCCCUCUUCAGCAGAACUGCCUCCAAGGGCAUGUUUGGGGCCCAUCCUAGCCACCCCUAUGGGAACCUUCCAGGGCCUUCACCUGCUCAGCUUUUCCAGGACUCAGAGCUGCUUUACCUAGCCCAGGAGUUGCCAAUGCUCAGCAGGGCCAGGGCUCCACGGCUGCCCGAGCAAGGGGACAGCAGCAGAGCAGAGGACUCUUCAGAGGGCUAUGAGGAGGAAGGACAAGGGGGUCGCAGGGAGAAGCCUGCUUCCCCAGCAGUGCAACCAGACGUGACUCUGCAGAAAGUGGCUGCUGUGCUGGCUGGUUAUGGGGUGGAGCUGCGGCAGCUGACCCCUGAGCAGCUCUCCACCCUCUUGACCCUGCUACAGCCACUGCCCAAGGGAGCAGGAAGAAAUCUGGGAGGAGCUGUAAAUGUUGGAGCUGAUAUCAAGAAAACAAUGGAGGAGCAAGUGCAGGGCGGAGACACAGCAGAGCCUCCACCCCCCACACCCUCCCUGCCUGAACACCCCACUGCCAGCCCCGCCUCCAGUAAAGUCCAGCAGGUGCUGAGCCCUGGCUCCUCUGAGCUCCCCAAAGCUGCCAGCCCCCCUGCCACGACUGUCCUGCUGGAGAAGAAAAGUCCACUGGCCCAGAGCCAGCCCACAGUGGCAGGACAGCUCUCAGUUCAGCCAUCAGCAGAAGAGUAUGGCUAUAUCAUCACUGACCAGAAGCCCCUGAGCCUGGCUGCAGGAGUGAAGCUGCUGGAGAUCCUGGCUGAACAUGUGCACAUGUCCUCAGGCAGUUUCAUCAACAUCAGUGUGGUGGGACCAGCCCUCACCUUCCGCAUCCGGCACAAUGAGCAGAACCUCUCUUUGGGUGAUGUGACCCAGCAAGCUGGUCUGGUGAAGUCCGAACUGGAAGCACAGACAGGGCUCCAGAUCUUGCAGACAGGAGUGGGACAGAGGGAGGAGGCAGCUGCAGUCCUUCCCCGACCAGCCCACAGCACCUCUCCCAUGCGCUCAGUGCUGCUUACUCUGGUGGCCCUGGCGGGUGUGGCUGGGCUACUGGUAGCUCUGGCAGUGGCUCUGUGUGUGCGGCAGCAUGUGCGGCAGCGGGACAAGGAGCGCCUGGCAGCCCUGGGGCCCGAGGGGGCCCACGGUGACACUACGUUUGAGUACCAGGACCUGUGCCGCCAGCAUAUGGCCACAAAGUCCCUGUUCAACCGAGCAGAGGGUCCACCAGAGCCUUCGCGGGUGAGCAGUGUGUCCUCCCAGUUCAGUGACGCAGCCCAGGCCAGCCCCAGCUCCCACAGCAGCACGCCGUCCUGGUGCGAGGAGCCUGCCCAAGCCAACAUGGACAUCUCCACGGGACACAUGAUUCUGGCAUACAUGGAGGACCACCUGCGGAACCGGGACCGCCUGGCCAAGGAGUGGCAGGCCCUGUGUGCCUACCAAGCAGAGCCAAACACCUGUGCCACUGCACAGGGGGAGGGCAACAUCAAGAAGAACCGCCAUCCUGACUUCCUGCCCUAUGACCAUGCCCGCAUCAAGCUGAAGGUGGAGAGCAGCCCUUCUCGGAGUGAUUACAUCAAUGCCAGCCCAAUCGUUGAGCACGACCCUCGGAUGCCAGCCUACAUAGCUACACAGGGACCGCUGUCCCAUACCAUCGCAGACUUCUGGCAGAUGGUGUGGGAGAGUGGCUGCACCGUCAUCGUCAUGCUGACCCCACUGGUAGAGGAUGGCGUCAAGCAGUGUGACCGCUACUGGCCAGAUGAGGGCUCCUCCCUCUACCACGUAUAUGAGGUGAACCUGGUGUCGGAGCACAUCUGGUGCGAGGACUUCCUGGUGCGGAGCUUCUACCUGAAGAACGUGCAGACGCAGGAGACGCGCACGCUCACGCAGUUCCACUUCCUCAGCUGGCCGGCAGAGGGCACCCCCGCCUCCACGCGCCCGCUGCUGGACUUCCGCAGGAAGGUGAACAAGUGCUACCGGGGCCGCUCCUGCCCCGUCAUCGUGCACUGCAGUGACGGUGCAGGGAGGACUGGCACCUACAUACUCAUCGACAUGGUACUGAACCGUAUGGCAAAGGGAGUGAAGGAGAUUGACAUUGCUGCCACCCUGGAGCACGUCCGUGACCAACGACCUGGCCUCGUCCGCUCUAAGGACCAGUUUGAAUUUGCCCUGACGGCGGUGGCAGAGGAGGUGAAUGCCAUCCUCAAGGCCCUACCCCAGUGAGACCCACAGGGCCCCUCGGGGGGCAGCCAGCCUCCAUCCCCUCUUUGCUUGUGUGAGCAUCUAUCUGUGCCCCGCGCCUCACCCCCUCACCUGCCAUCUUGGCCCUGUGGGCCUGCCCAGCCCUUCCAAGAGGAGUAUGUAAGGAAGGGGAGGUGGGAAGGGGCAGGCCUGCGCAGCCCCACAUGCGGAGCCCAGGGCAUCCCACGGGGGAGCCAGCAGUGGGCCAGGAGGAGAGCAAAGGACAUGGGCAGCAAUUCUACCUGGAGCCUUCUCCUGCCUAAGUUCCCUGGCCACACUCUUGGUGGCUCUGGAUGCUCCCAACAUGUCAGGUGCACUCUCCCACCCUCCAGUGUGGACAGCACAGGGUGGAGGUUCACCAGGCCUGGCUUCUGCUGCUUUCCCAGCCCCUGCCACCCUGGCCUGGCUCCUUGACCCACACUCUGGCACUCUGCCUUCCCUGCCCUCACCCUCAGGCCUCCUCCCACCAUCCU